UUCUGCUAUAUUCCCUCAAGAGAGACGACCACACACACAGGGGUCCAGCGGUUCAAGUACUUGAACUCCGAACUUUGCACGAAAUUCUUCAAGGUCUCGGAAUCAAAGAUUAAAUAAACUAUAUUAUAAAGAGUCAACGAUCUAGUCAGAGCAGAGAGCACCGAGUUAACGAAGCGAGUUAGUUUUGAGGAGAAAAACAGUAGUCGACCCCCCAUAAUUUGUCAAGAUGCGGGCAAACAUCGGUUUGGUUUUUUGCUGCAGCUUGGUCUUGGCCUCAGUGGUGUAUGCUUCUGACGACAAACCAGUUGUACCUUCAACCUCAGUAUCUCCAAUAGAUUCAGGAAUAUCCAAGUUAACUCCUAAUACUACUACUACUGAGCUCCCAGUCACUACAUCUACCGUUCCCACAACGAGUGCACCAACUCCAGCUCCUCCUGUGCCGGAACCAAAAAUUGGAAAAUGGUCAAUUAAUAAUACAGAUGCCGUUAUGGUUUUGCGAUUGGCUGCACAGAUAGAAUUAGCCUUCAAUACGAGUAAUCAGCAGACUAUACAGAAAAAAAUUAAUAUCCCAGCGGAUAAUUCUACCAUGGUAACUGGUGACUUUAAAAAAAGUAAUGAAACAAUUACACUGUCGUGGAAAGCAAGUAAUGCAACCCAAGUAAACUUUGUCAGCUUUUUGUUUAAGAAAGAUGAAAUGUCGAAAACUUAUACUCUUGGUAGUAUUAAUGUUUCCAUAGAUGCAAGUGAAUUAUCCGCCCUUAAUGCUUCUUUGAAUCUUAUCCAUCCUAUUGAACACUUUAAUACGACUCUCGGACAUUCUUAUCGAUGUGUUAAGCUAUUAAAAUUUAAUUUGACCAAGCCAGAAAACAAUACCUUACUUUAUGGAGAGGUAAAAGUUACAGAUUUCCAAUUCCAAGCAUUUAAAGAUGAUGGUAAAUCCAGUUUUGGUUUUGCUGAGGAUUGUGCAUUUGAAACGUCCGACGUGGUGCCGAUCGCCGUGGGUUGUGUACUUGCAGGGUUAGUGGUUAUUGUGCUGGUUGCAUAUUUAAUUAGCCGUAAGCGUAGCCAAGCUCGAGGCUAUCUCAGUAUGUAAUAAGUAUUACUACGAAAUGUUCUUGGUAUAAAUUUUUUUAUCCAAAGCAACUUUGUUGUCCAUUAUAAACGUUUUGUUCAGUUUCAAUACAACUUAUAAAUAUACGGCAUUCGAGCCCAUUGACGCAAGUCAUAAAUUUCCGUAUGUUGCGAUGAACUUAAAUGAAAUCUAUUUCCAGAAUUAUAUGUUAUACUUCAAUUUUUGUUAAUAAGUUACAACAGUUAAAUUGUAACAAAUAAUUAAUUUAUUUUGUUAAGAUAAAGAAAGCGUCAUUUGUUAAUGCUAAAUUGUUUAUUACGUAUUGAUUUGUAAUUGAAAUUAAUAAAAUUUUGUAUUAUUCUGUA